CGAGAGUUAUCGACCCUUGGCAACUGCUUGAAUUCGUUAUUCCUUUCUUUUUACUAUCUCUCUUCCUUAUUUCCUUCUGACGCCGACGAAUGUCGCGUGGUGGCGCUACGUGUAAGCAGCAAGCAAGUGCGCUGGCGUAAGGCGAAGAUCAAUAAUUGCCUUUCAGACCUCGUCUUAAUUAAUUAAUUACCUGCUGUAAGUCUUAUUUGAUCACUUCUACGGACGUAUAUAUAUCAUAUAUAACGUGUACAUAUAUGUUUAUUGCUAACAUUUACUAACCAAGUGUUCAAUACAUUUCGAAUGGAUUAAUAUAUAUUAUUAUUAUCAUUCUCUCUGCUUGCAUCCUCAUCAUUUUCUCCAUCCACUGUGGGGUUGUCUUACUAAUAUAUUAACACAAUAACGUUUGACUUUUCGUAUCCCAGCUUCGAACUUGCUUUAAUAACAGUUUGUCUUCUUUAUUUCCGAAUUGAAACAGAGUCACACACAUCUAUAUAUACACACACACACACACACAUACAUAUACAUAUAUACUAUAUAUAUCUGUCUCUUGCUAACAUUUCGAAUGGAUUAAUAUAUUAUUAUUAUUAUUAUUAUUCUCUGUCUGCUUGCAUCAUCAUCUCCAUCCAUCCAUUUACUAAAAUACAUUAACGCUGACUUUUGACAUCCCAGCUUUGAGCUUGCUUAAAUAACAGCAUUUCUGAUUUAUUCCCGAAUUGAAAUACAGACACAGACACCUAUAUAUAUUAACACACGCGCACACUCACACAUAUAUAUAUCUAUAUACCUACAAAUACAUUAAAAAAUUAUUUUCUUUCCCCAACCUGUACGUCCGUCCGUCCGUUCGUUUGUUUGUCUAUCUGUCCCGCAUGUCUGUCUGACUCUCCCCCCCAUCUCUCUCUACUGCGGCCCAUUUAUAUCUAAAUUGAGUAUUGACUGACUGUCUAGAGUGCUAAUCGAUAGUGUGUAUCAUAUAUACACACAUACAUACAUUAUAUAUCAUAUAUAUCAGUAUCUUCUUCUAUACGGACGGUGUCACAGCGUUACUGGUGUCAACACGCCCUAGUGCUGUAUAUUAAUAUACAUACAUAGACGUGUGGUAGUGGUACAUACUACAAAGAGCACUGCCUAUAUACAUAUAUAUUAUUUUAUCCGUCUGAAUCAUCGCAUAUACUCGAGAAGCUCUGAGAAGCUUCAUUACCAAAUAACCAGAUUUUCUUCCAUCUAUAUAUAUAUUUUAAAUUACGGAUUGUAGACUGUCCGUUACUUGAAUCAGUUUUGUAUGUUAAUAUAUACGUUUGGCGGUGCAAACGAGAUUACUCAUACAGAAUAUUAUUAUUAUUUUUUUGUGUGUAUGAAUGGUUGCAUAUAACGAAAAUCUCCUAGUGACUCCUUCUUAAAUACUCACUCAGCUUCUUCUAUAAAAUAUAUCAAUCUAUACAUACAUCUAAUUUUCUCUCUAUAUAUAUAUAUUUACACACACACAGAAGACAUAUAAAUAUAUUUUAUAUCGUUGAGCUGCUACACACACACACACAUAUAUCAAUAUAUAUAUCUUUCACUGCACUGUAUUACAAUCUGAGCCACGGUGAGUCAAGCCUACUCCAUCGCUGCUUUUCAUGAGGAUGUCUAAAGAGUGUGACAAAGAGCUAGUCGAUGUCCCACUACCGAGCGACGACAGCGAAAACGGAGACAGCCCAACACUAACACCUACAACUAUUACAGCAUCAACAACUCUUUCUACUAAUAACACUACAGCUACUUCAACAGCAGCAACAACAACCGCUACUACUUUUCCAAAUAUCUCCUGCAUCACUCCAACCACCAUCAACAUGAAAAUUAUAGAUGAUGCCAGCUCUGAUUCCCGCAGUGAAAUCUACAGGAGGGUUCCAGGAUGUUUUUACAUUGGUAAACUCAGCAGCAGUCAUAGUUUAGCUCCAGACAUGAACCGAGACGAAGAGGAAGAAAAACACCGACUGAUCUCGCAGGUACUGGAAUUGCAGAACACCUUGGAUGACUUAUCCACCCGGGUGGAUUCAGUGAAGGAAGAAAAUCUAAAGUUGAAAUCCGAGAACCAGGUUUUGGGCCAAUACAUCGAAAACCUGAUGUCCGCAAGCAGUGUCUUCCAGUCAACUUCUCCGGCAAAGGCCAAGAAGAAGCCGGCCAGUGGCAGCAACGUAGCAGUGGGCGGAGGAAUGGGAGGAGGAGGUGUGACU